AUGGCGAAGAAGACGAGCAUACUAAGGAAUUACAUUAAGGCUUCAUUAAGAGCACUUGCAAAGGCCAAAGAUUUGUACUUUAAGGGCGUGACAGAAUGCACCGGCCAAGUCAACUUUUCCGGCACCGGAAUCAUGGGUUUGCCGGCGCCACCGUCUUCUCUCCAUAGGAGUUACAGUGUCAGUUCCGAUUCUUCCACGAGAUCAUUCACCAGGUCUUCUUCUACUUCUUCUUCAAGGAAAUCAUCGGUGGAUGUCGACGUCGGUCGGAAGAUGCCGGCGACGGUGAGUCGGAGCCGGAGCGUGGCGGCGAUUGGGAGAAUUGAUGAGAAUGAGGCAUAUGAUGGUGAUGUCGAUGCUAAUACGAUGAAAUCGGAGUUUCUAUUUCCUAGGAGCAGAAGCUAUGCCGUCUCUUCUAGACGGCCAUAUUUUUAA